GGUGAACCUGAGCUGAACAUCAGAAAAGCUGCGGUCUGUCCGUCGACAGCUUCACCGGCCUCGACUCUGAAAUUUUUCUACAACAUUCGCAUGCAACACAUGAUCAUCGUUAAGUGAGUUGAAGAUGGCUCCAGUCACUCAUCAAACAACCAGAGGCCAAGCUUCGCAGUCAACAACGCCCUUCAGACAGAUCAGGGCCCAUUUCGAUGAUGAGACCAUCACAGUCUACCAAGCCUACAACGCCGCCAUCGCAGAGGCAGCUGUCUCUGCUCAGAAACUAGACGCAUCCCCAAACUUCAAACUUACCCGCAUGACCUGGAUCAAGCCAAGCUGGGCAUGGAUGCUGUACCGCGCAGGCUAUUCAUACAAAGAUCGCGGCCAGGAGCGCAUCUUGGCGAUCAAAAUGACCCACGCCGGUUUCGUCGACCUUCUUCGUCAAAGCGUGUUAACCCAUGGUAGCGAUUUGGAUAAGGGCGAUGGACGGGUGCGCGUUCAAUGGGACCCGGAACGCGAUGUGCGGUUGGAGAAGCUUCCGUAUCGGAGCAUUCAAAUUGGGAUCCCUGCUGGUAUCUGUGGAGGUUGGGUUGCCGAAGGAAUUAGCGGUAUCGAAGAUGUGACGGCCAGGGCGCGUGAGCUGAAAAGAGUCUUGGCUGAGCGGCCUGAUGUUGGUGAUGAUGAGCUAAUGGUCCUAGGCCUGGUUCCAGCCGAGAAGGAAUUCCUAGUUCCCGAAGACGUUGGGGAUAUCUUGGGAAUAGGUUCCUUCCUCAAAAUUGACUAGUUUUCAAUAACAGUUCUGAAAAUCCAAAUUGCCUUGACCAUUCAACAGCUGCCAGAUGUUUGGCUGGGAUGAACAAUGAAGGACACAGGUGUAUGAACGGUUGGCUUGAUGAGGUCUUGCGAACCCUUGGAUGAAGGAAAGUUCGGCGUCAAUGACACUUGAGUUCGAUCUUUACUCCAGUAACACCAUCUCAGAACAAGACGGGGGCCGUGGUAUAGGAACAAAGUCUUCUCUCCAGCCUCUCGGAGAUCUGCCGAACGUCAGCCGUGUUCAGCUCCGGACUUGUCCCCGAAGAGUGGGGCCGACUCACCGGACUUUAGCAACUUAACCGC